UCCACAAUGCAAAAGCAGCACCAGAUUUGCGUAAAACCCACUUGAUUGCUUCACCUUCCCGUGUUCUCUUCUACUCUCUCUCUCUAGAUCUCUCUCUUCCUUGGACCCCAUUUCUUAAAACCUAAGCAUGAUUUUUCAUUACCCCUUUAAAUCAUUGGAAAUAUUUCUGGUUUUCUCCACUCUGGUACUGUCAGAUAACAGAUCAAGCUUCAUUUCUCUUCAGCUCCUACCUUAUCAUGUCUGGUUCCUUUUGGGUAUCAAGCAUAUGGGUUCUUCUUUCAAUUCUCUACUGAAACUUCUCCUCUUUUGAUUCUCUUCAAUUCAAAUGGGUCGCCAUUCUUGUUGUGUCAAGCAGAAGCUCCGCAAAGGCUUGUGGUCCCCUGAAGAAGAUGAGAAACUAUUCAACCACAUCACUAGGUUCGGUGUUGGAUGUUGGAGUUCAGUUCCUAAGCAAGCUGGAUUGCAGAGGUGCGGGAAGAGUUGUAGAUUGAGAUGGAUUAACUACCUAAGACCAGAUCUCAAGAGAGGGAUGUUCUCACAGCAAGAAGAGGAUCUCAUAAUCGGUCUCCAUGAGGUUCUAGGCAACAGGUGGGCUCAGAUUGCAGCACAGUUACCUGGAAGAACAGAUAAUGAGAUUAAGAACUUUUGGAAUUCGUAUCUGAAGAAGAAACUCAGGCAACGAGGGAUUGACCCAAACACCCACAAGCCCUUGAGUGAAUCUGAAGCACAAGAUGAGAAGAAAUGCAGAGAACAAGAAGACUUCUUGCAACAAUCUCAGCCCAAAAAACAGAGAACCCUGUCAGUUUCCAUUCACGAUUCAAGCUACUAUGAUCCCAAGCCAGUCUUUGAUCCCUUUCCUUUGUUUGAAUUCCAAGAAAGCACAAUCAAUCCAACGGGACUUAAUCCCAAUUUUCUGUAUCAUCAUCAACACAACCAAGAUUUGAGACCUUUGAAUCAGAACCAGACCCAUCUGGAUACGAGCUCAGAUUUUGGGUUUUCUUCGAUGCCCCGUUUAGCUGCUUCUGAUAAUUUGACAGAGACAGAUAUUUCAGACAAUUCUAUGACCACAUCGAGAGGAGUAAGUACCGGGUUCUUCUUCAACGAAGCAACAAGAGAGAGUUCUAGCAACAGCUGCAACAUGAACAGUUCUAACACGGCAGAAUUUCAGGCUUGGGAUUCAAUGUUUCUGUUUCAACUCAACGGGAUAAAAUCUGAAGAAGUGAAGAUACGUUCAUGGGAGGAAGAAGAGAGUCGACAACAAACAGAAAGCCCAGAAGAUUUUGGUAGCUUUCCAUUAACGUCACUAUCUGAGGAUCUAACUGGGACGAGCUUCGAUCUCUUUGAGCAGAUUUAGAGUGUAAAUUCGAUACUGAUUUCCACCCACCAUUAAAAAAAAAAAAAAAGUUUUUUUUUUUUU